AUGCGCCACUUCUGCCACGAGUGCCAGUACGAGGGCGACAGCUUCCCCUCCAACGCAGACGGCAUCGUCUGCCCAGAGUGCCGCGGCGACUUUGUCGAGGAGAUCCCCGAGGACGGCACCGCAGCCGACGAUCCGCGCGACUUUGACCCAGACGACGCCGACGGGCCCGACCCGGCCGCCCUCCCCUUCUUCCUCGCCGCACCUCCAGGCGGCGGGCCGGGCGUCCUCCGCUUCCAGCUCCCAGGCGGCGGCGGCGCCUUCAUCGCCCAGGCGGGCGGUGGAGCGGGCGGCGCAGCGGGAGCAGCGGCCGCGGCGCAGGCGCUCGGCGGCCUCAACCCUCUCACGCUCGCCAUGCUCCGCUCGUUCGGCUUGCCCGAGCCUGCGCCAGCAGCGGGGGCGAACGGGCAGGGCGACGGCGCGGGUCGGGCGGCGCAGCAGGACGGGCAGGGGGACCAGCAGGCGGGCGAGCAUGACGCUCCUCCUCACAGACCUCACCAGGUCCCGAUCCGCAACCUCGCGACCUUCCUCGGCGAGGCUUUUGGCGCCGCCACGCCGCAUCCCGCCGACGCCCCCGACAACAACCCGUUCGCCGAGGGCGGCCACGAGCGCAACCACCCGGACGCCGACGGCAACGCCGACGCGCCAGGUGCCGCUCCUCCUCGUCCCGGCGUCGGCGGCGGCCUCGGCUUCCUCGGCGCGCUCCUCAACGCGUUCGGCGGCGGCGCCCCGAACGGCGCCGGCGGGUUCGCGCUCCCGGCCAACAUGGGCGACUACGCGCUCGGCGAGGGCGGGUUCCAGCAGAUCCUCAACGACCUGAUGGAGCAGGCGGCGGGACGCGCAGGGCCGCAGCCGGCGCCGGACGACAUGAUCGCCAAGCUGCCGAGGGUCAAGGUGACGCAGGAGCUCCUCGACCUCGACUCGAUCACGACGUGCGCCGUCUGCCAGGACGAGUGGGCCCUCGACGAGACGGCCAUCCCGCUCCCGUGCAAGCCGUCGUCGCACCUCUAUCACGAGGACUGCAUCGUGCCCUGGCUCAAGACGUCCGGCACGUGCCCGACCUGCCGCUUUGCGCUCGUGCCGCAGCCAGGUCAGCCCGGGUACGGCGAGGACCAGGCGCAGCCGCAUUCGCAGCCGCAGCCGCAGCAAGGCGACGCCGUCCCCGGCCCGAACGCGAGCAGCGCGCCGACCCGCCCGCCGCUCCCCGGCCGGCAGAGCUCGCUCAACCCGCACUCGCCCGCGACGGCGCGCAUCCCCGAGGUCGCCGGCGGCUCGAGCCUGCCUGGGAGCUGGAUGUGGAGCAACGACGGCGAGGGCGAGGGCGAGGGCGAUGCGGCGGACCCGGACGACAUGGAGGUCGAGGGUCGGGGCGAGGAGGGGCGCGAGGAGGGGCGCGAGCGCGAGCGCGACCCGGCGGCGGCGGCGAGGGAGGCGGCCGAGAGAAGGGCGCAGGAGGAACGGCGGGCGAGGGAGGGCUCGAGCGCGGCGGGACCCAUCAUCGAGGAUGUCGACUGAGAGCGAGCGGGACGGACGAGAUGGCUUCCCUCUCUCCCUUUCUCCCCUCGCGCUUUGUCCUCUCGUCGAGCCCUCUCUGUAGCACUACUUCCUCUCUCGCUUGCACCCCUUCAGUCCCCUCGCAAUCUAGCAGCUUUUCGCCUCUCUC